CAUAAUACACACCUCAUCCAACUCAUCUGCUCUAUAAAUUAAAUCCGAACCUUCACUGUUCCAACAUAUCAAUUUGAGAGAGAGAGAGAGAGAGAGAGAGUCAGGUUUGCUUAGCACAAUGGAAUGCAAAGUUCUGCUACUGACUUUCUUCAUCAUUAUAAGCUUCAACCUCUCAAAGGCUCAAAUGGUUCCAGCCAUGUUUGUGUUUGCAGAUUCAUUGGUAGAUGUGGGAAACAACAAUUACCUUAAGCUCUCUAUUGCCAAGGCUGAUUUCCCUUACUAUGGCAUCGACUUUCCUAACCAUAAAGCAAAUGGGAGAUUUACUAAUGGCAUGAAUGCUGCAGAUUUUCUUGCUGAGAAAUUAGGAUUGCCGACUUCACCACCAUACCUUUCUCUAGUAGAUAAGUCCAACGAGAAUAAUAAUGUUUCGUUUCUAAACGGUGUUAGCUUUGCUUCUGGUGGUGCCAGAAUUUUGGGUGGCAAGGACAACCCACUGUCCCAGUCAAUACAUUUGACACAACAAUUAGACUACUUCUCAAUCGUGUAUAAAGACCUGUACAAACGACUAGGAUCCUCUGGUGCAAAAAAUCAUUUAUCAAAAUCAAUUUUUACCUUUGUGAUUGGAAGCAACGACAUCUUUCGCUACUUCGAAUCAUCCGAUCUCCAAAACAAGACUACCUCACUUGAGUACGUCGAUUCAAUGGUCCUUUCAAUCAAAGCUAAAUUAAAGCGGUUAUACGGUUUUGGUGCACGUAAAUUUGUGAUUGUCGGAAUUGGGUCAAUUGGGUGCUGCCCAGCAAGGAGGAGGGAGACCAAAAAUGAAAAAUGCGACGAAGAAAUAAAUUUCUGGUCUGAUAAGUACAAUAAAGGUCUUAUUUCAAUGUUGCAGGAAUUGAAGUCAGAUCUUAAAGGCAUAAACUACUCCUACUUUGACACUUACAAAGCUGUGUUUGACUUCGUUCAGAGACCAGCUGCUUAUGGAUUUGUAGAGGUGAAAGCUGCUUGUUGUGGCCUGGGGACCCUUAAUGCUAAGAUUUUUUGCCUGUCAAUUGCAAAAUAUUGCUCCAACAGAAGUGACUAUGUCUUCUUUGACAAAGUCCAUCCUACAGAGGCAGCUCAUCGCAUCAUUGUGGAUCGAAUAUUUGAUGGUUCUUUGCAAUACGCAUUUCCAAUGAAUGUGAAGCAGCUAGUGGCCAUUUAAGCUCACCAAUACAGACAGUUCUUAUAUUUGUAAGAUGUUACCUUCUAAUGAUUGUGUCCCUUUUAGAGGGUCUCAACAUUAAAAAGCAACAUAAAAAUUCUUCAUA